UUGAAUAUGAAUCUCGAAUCGAUGUUCGAAGAAAUGCUUAAAAAAACACAUUAUCGACCUGUUAUAUUGUCAUUGCUAAAUUUUUUUAAACGUCCUGCAUAUAUUGUUUUCUAUUUGACCAUGUUUGUAAUACUACUGUAUUUAUUUAGACCGUUUUUAUUGAUCGUCUAUCAAGUUAUCAAGAAUGUCAGUCCCAAACAUUAUGUUCUUCCCUAUCCUGCCACUUUUCCAUGGAUCGAUGGAACUCCGAAUAUGGUUUUUCAAGUGCAAUUUCUUUUCGAAAUUAUAUUCGGUUGGUUCGUGAUUUCCGUGACCAGCGCCGUUGAUACGGUUUACGGAUUUUACAUAUUUCAAAUGAGUGGAGUUCUACGUGCCAUGUGUUUCGAAUGCGAGCAUCUUGAAAAAUCAUCUAAGGAGCUCGAUGUCAUUCUACGUAACUGCAUUAAAAGACAGAUCUUACUUUUACGUUGUCGUGAUAUCAUUCAGAAUGUUUAUGGACCAGUUGUACUAUGCUUAAUAGUGAGCAGUGUUAUUGUUCUAUGUGCGCUGAUAUUUCAAAUGUUUCAGACAGAAAUAAGUAUAGGUAAAACUGUUUUGUUUCUUAUUUAUGGAAUGAUGAAAAUGACCCAAGCAUUUUUGUAUUCUUGGUAUGGAAGUAUUCUUAGUGUUGAGAGUGAAGCAUUCCGACAAAGUAUUUAUUGCUGUAGAUGGUAUCAAGAAGGAAAUAUUAAACUGAUGAAAGGUGUUCUUCUUAUAUUGGUACAGAAACCAAUUGUAUUGACAGCAUGUCACCUCUUUUGUAUCUCAUUGGAUCUUUUCGUUAAGGUAAACAUUGUUAUUACAAAUUACAUAUCAUUUUUAAUUUUCGUUCGAUUAAGCAUUUUUGCUUUUUUACUUUUAGAUACUUAAUACGUCCUUGUCAUAUUAUUUUUUGUUGCAAACAUUC